GGACGGGAAUUCGUGGUUCAUGCUUUCCUUUCUCGAGCUCGUCAGUGGCCUCACCACGCCCGCUAUCCACCCGGCCCGCGCCGCCCAGAUUGCGGCGAUCAAUGCCAACUCCAGCUUGACAUGGCGCGCGGCGGCCAACGCUCGCUUCGCGUUCCAGCCCCCGGGCGCGUCCCGCUCCUCCAACGGCGUGCUCGGAGACUGGGCGGCCGACAUACGCGCGGCCGUGGUCCGCGGCGACGUUGCCCACUACGUCCCCGCCGACGCUACCCUGGCGCUACCGGAGAGCUUCGACUCGGAGGAGCACUGGAAAGAGUGCGCAAAGGUCAUCGGCGACAUCCGCGACCAGUCCAACUGUGGCUGCUGCUGGGCGUUUGCCGGCGCCGAAGCCGCAUCCGACCGCAUGUGCAUCGCCACCGGCGGCAAGAUGGUAGUCCCGCUCUCAGCGCAGGACGUCUGCUUCUGCGGCGGGGGGCUCUUCUCGCGCGGGUGCGACGGCGGCCAGAUCACCACCCCGUGGGAGUACAUCAAGCGGACGGGCGCGGUGACGGGCGGCCAGUUCAAGGGCAGCGGGCCCUUUGGCCAGGGCCUCUGCGCCGACUACUCGCUGCCGCACUGCCACCACCAUGGCCCGCAGGGCGACGACCCGUACCCCGCCGAGGGGGCGCCGGGCUGCCCGUCGGAGCACUCGCCGACGUGCCCCAAGCGGUGCGACGACGGGUCGGCCAAGGGUCACGACGUCUGGGACGACGACAAGAUCCUGUUCGACGGCGAAGUGCAGACCGCCUCCGGAGAGCAGGCGACAGGUGGUCGGCUCGGCCGCGAGCUCCAAGUGGGGCACCAAGGAGCAGCUCGCCAAGCAGGCCUUCUCGCCGCCCGCCGUCGCGGCUGCUUGAGCUGUCCUGCCGCAGGCGGAGCCGUCCUCGGGUGAGAGAGUCUGCGGGCGAGUCGCUCGGAAGGCGCUCGCAAAUUCUCGGCGGAGAUACCUUGUUCUCAGAAGGAGCCCGCCGCGGGGUGCGGCGGCUGCCCGAGGCCGCUCGCUGUGAUGAGUACUGCUUGGGUGCGGGUGUGGGGGGGGCAGCACCAAGCGCCGUCCGUGGCUCAUGUCGACUAAAGCCCGGGUACCCCGGUUGGGUCGGAGAGGCCCUGCAGCAGGACUUGAAGGGAAAUUUGUGCGAGAGGGUGUAUAGUUCUCAACCUGUC